GAUCACCUCCCUCUGGUCAGUGCUGAGGCUCAAAUCUGCACAGGGGCAGAACAAGUACAGUAAAUUCAGAUGUCUGUAAAAGCGAGGACUCUAGUUCGGCUUAUUUGGAAUUUGGGGCUUUUAUUUUGGAGUCAGAUGUCAGCAUCAGAUGCACAAGUUUCACUUUAUCUGUCAGGAACAGGAAACACCUCCUCCUCUCAACACGGGUCUGGACCAGUUUCUGGCUGGUCCUCCUCCCUCUAAAAAGGAUGAGAGGGAGUGGAAUCAUAGUGUGGAGCUGCUCCCUCUCCAGUCCAGCAGCAAUAGUCGACGGACCAACAACCUCUCGCAAACAUUUCUCUGUGAAAGAUGGGAUCUUAUCUAAAUGUCAGCUGACAGCUCAGGUCCAAAUCUGGAUCUAAAUCAUUCUGUUUUUCAGUGGAAACCUUGUGUUAGCAGCUCUCAUCCUGGACCAAGGAUCGUCGGCUGCAGGAGUUUUAAAAAGUCGUAAAAAGUCCUGGAGAUGGUAGAUAUUUGAACCGGCAGUGAACCAGGAUGGAGCCUGUUAAGAGAGACAUGGAGCUGCUCAGUAACAGCAUGGCCACCUACGCCCACAUCAAAGCCAAUCCAGAGAGCUUCGCCCUCUACUUCAUGAUGGGCGUCUGUUUUGGUCUGCUCAUGGCGCUCUGCCUCCUGGUAGCCGGCAUCGCCUGCAAGUCUCGCCGCCAAAGCAGACCCCCUCCGUCCCCCGAGAGGAGGCAGCUGAAGGAGUCCAGCGAGGAAGAGGAGGAGGAAGAAGAGGAGGGGGAGGAGGAGGAGAGCAUCCAGGCAGGAGACGGGGAGGAGGCGGAGAUCCCCAAAGUGACAGUGGGGCCCAUGAGCGAGCGCAGCAGCCAGUCGAACGGUACGCUGAGGAGUGUGAACGUGUUCGCUUCGGCUGAGGAGCUGGAGAAGGCGAGACGACUGGAGGAGAGGGAGCGAAUCGUCAGGGAGAUCUGGAGGAACGGGCAGCCGGACAUCCUGGCCACCGGGACGGGGACUAUUGGACGAGUUCAUUACCACUAACAGACACUUUGACUGUCUGAAAAAGACACCACACAGACUGCAGAGGAUACACUUCUCACUUUGGUUUGUACAGAGACCCAGAGUGUUGAACGAUUAAAGGAGUGAUCCACUAAUUUUACACAGGAGGAUCAGCUCACUCAUCAUGAGGAGGACAUAGGUUGCAUUAUGGGAAAUGUAGGAUGCAGUGAUUUUGGAUGUCAACCCAUUCUUGGUCCAGGUCCAGGUCCAGGUUUAUAGAGUGGUAUUUAGCAUCACCCUGGUUCCCUUGACAAAAAGCCAAUGGGAGUUUUUCAUUUGGUUUUGUAUUAUUGCAGAAAAUAAACUGUGAGCAACAAAAGUUUGAUAAAUACAAUCUCCAGAAGUAAAAAGCUAAUGUUAGGCUAUAAACCAACUACACCAUGGUCACAUGACGUCAACAUCUCCACCACUAAGCUUCCAACUUGUCAUUUAAUUUAGCUCUGAGCUCUUCUACAAAAGCCUUUCUUCUUAGAAAGUUAGUGAUGGUUUGAAAGAGCGUGAGUAGAAACACAGCAAGGCUGAGUAGAUUGGUUUCAUGUUAACGUUCCCCAAAAACUGUAGUCUGUAGUCUCAUGUAGCCACUUGUUAGCAACCGUCUUUUUAAGACACGUAAAAGCUUUUUAAAAAAAUCAAAAGUGAGGUAUUUUCUGACGUAUUUUAUGUCAUAGAUUAAAACGUGAAAAUGUCUUGAGCUUGUGUUAAAAACCACAUUUAACCAAAAACCCUACUGACUUGUGGACGAGGGAACAGGACAUGCUAACAUGCUAACUUACUUCCUGGUUUUAGGAUGCAGACGACAGUUCCUCGUGAACCUCAGACAAACAGUAGUAGUUAAAAUUAUCUCCACCUUUACCUGCUGCACCAUUAAGGUGGAUGUGCGCAUUAACUUAAUUAUAACAAUACUUGGGCUUUUACCUUUGAAUGCAGGGUGUUAUUUGUAACAGUAUUUAUACACUGUGGUAUUUCUACUUUUCCUUUAGUAAAAGGGCGCAGUACUUUUUCCACCACUGUAUUUCAUCCUGCUUCUUUUCACAGUCAUCAAAUAAAAAUGACUUCUGCAGACAACCAUGGCAGUUUCAUGGUUAUAUAGUAUCCAUGUCUUAUUAGUUUAAUAUUUAACACUUUGGGUCUCUGUACAUUGUUUAUUAUUUUGCUUGUGACAUGAGUCAGGUUUUUAUAUGCAGCAUUUUUGGCUUGUCCUGCAUUUUAUCCUUUCUUUAAAAUGUGAAGAAUAAAAGUUUUAACCACU